CUACUGCCAGAAAUGUCGGUGCUGAAUCAGUGUGGAGAUGAGCCUGUCGAGUGUCCUCUCUGCCUGGAACACUUAGAAGUUGACGAUCUCAACUUUUUCCCUUGCACUUGCGCAUAUCAGAUCUGCCGUUUCUGCUGGCACCGGAUAAGGACUGAUGAGAACGGUCUUUGCCCUGCGUGCCGCAAGCCAUACCCUGAGAACCCUGCAGAUUUCAAACCGCUCUCAUCAGCUGAAAUCCAGAAGAUCAAGGUAGAGAAGCGGCAGAAGGAUCAGCAGCGCAAGCAAAAGGUCACUGAGUCUCGUCAGCACCUGGCCUCUGUCAGGGUUGUCCAGCGCAACUUGACCUUUGUGGUGGGCCUGCCGCCUAGACUGGCCGACAGUGAAAUUUUGAAGAAGCACGAGUAUUUUGGCAAAUUCGGAAGAAUCCUUAAAGUAGUUAUAAAUCCCUGCAACUCUUAUGCUGGCGUUCAGGGUCCAAGUGCAAGUGCUUAUGUGACUUACGCUAAACGGGAAGAUGCUCUCAGAGCGAUAGCUGCUGUGAAUAAUAUUUCGGUUGAUGGAAGACUUCUCAAGGCUUCUUUAGGAACCACGAAGUACUGCUCCAACUUCUUGAAAAACCAAGCAUGUCCAAAACUGGAUUGCAUGUAUCUUCACGAAUUAGGAGAUCGCGAGGCAAGUUUCACCAAGGACGAUAUGCAGCAAGGCAAGCACCAGGAAUUUGAAAGGAAACUGCAUGAGCAAUUACAGCAGCAAAACAAAGAGCCUGGACCCAUUGGCAUUCACGCAACUUCUAUAUACACACUUAACGUCGCAAAUAGCGAAAUUAACAAGGAGUCUUGGCCAUCGCUGCCAGAUGACCAGGAGCAGUUGUCAUCGGCCUCAAGCUCGCCAGCGCCUCCAAUGGACACACCAAAGGAACAGGAAAUUAUUGAAAACUGCAAUGGACAGCAGAAGAAAAUUUCAAAUGAUGAAAGAAAAGGAAAAGAACAGUCUCCAAUCCACCAGCAAGCUCCUUCCCCUUCUUCUUCAACUUCUUCACUCUCUGGUGGCCCAUCUUCUACAAUGAACCAGUCUCCAUCAUUAUCAUCCAGUUCAAGUUCUAUCUCUGAAGAUGUUUUGCAGACAAAUGCCUCAGAUACACAUGCUGCCUUAGAUGAUAUCCACAAGUUUGCAGAAGAUUCGUACUUCUCCAACCAGUUAGAUUUAGGCUGUCAACUUCGGGGCAUUCCUAAACAGGAAACAAAGAAGGAAAUGAUGCAGGAAAAUCUAAUGCCUCUUCUGGAUAAGUUUGACUGGCACACUGCAUUUGGCUUUAGUAAAAAGCCUCAAGAAAAUACCACUUCUAAAGCAUUACCAAAAGACAUUGAUGAUGAACUAGGAUUUGAUCCGUUCACGGAAACACAAAAAGCGCUGGAGGAGUUGAUGAAAACAGAAGAGCAGCAGCAAGUGAAGCAGCAGCAACAGCAGAGGCCCAUGAUGGCACAUCAGUACUGCAGCAGGCCGGGCGAUCCUAAACGAAUUCAAGCUCCGCCGCCUGGAUUCUCAAAAAUACCGAUGCAACACAGCUUCCAUUCUCAGACAGUACCGUGCGAACCGCCUCAAUUCCAAGGGCGUCCCUACACGGAGAGCAAAAUUUUGCCUUUCAUGAAUUUGCAACAAUCUAGCGCGAGCAAAGAGGACUCGUCCAGCUUCAAUAUGGCCCAGUGGAGAAAUAUUUUGCCUAAUAUCGGCUCGUCGUCUCCAAGUUACAACAUCGGAAAUGUACACAGACAAAUGCAAGCACAACCACAGAGAGACUGGCAAAACGAUUGGACGGCAAUGGACCCCGCAAUAGUUGCAGCUAGCGCUGGCCCAAGAAUGAUGGUGGACAAUAGUUGGAACAAAAACUUUGACCAGGCUAAUUAUUACCCGCAUUCCAACUCUUCUCUAGGUUGGUCUGGAGCGGUGCCAAGUUUCAACACGACCACAGCUCCACCGCCGGGAUUUAGUAGACCGUUCAUAAUUUCAUCUAGAAGCGGCCAGCCGCCGGCUAUGGACUCUGAGCUCAAACCUCAUCUGCUGCACCUUCAUUGAUUUCUCCACCAUAGGUCGAUUCAAUAAUAAAUAAACUGCUAAAUCAACGAACAGACUCUUCUGGCAAUCAAAGUAUCUCUUAAUCAUGUAUUGGCACCAAAAUUCUCUCUCUGUUGUUGGUUGUUUAAUUCGUUCGCUAAGCUGUUGCCUCAUUCUAUUUUGUUGUUAUACUGUAUUCGAUGUUUUUAAUUACUACUUUCAAUGUGAUUCAAAGUUCAGGAUUGUGUGAGACCCGGGGGGGUCGAGGUCGAAGUUGAGCAUUAAGUUUGUGUCUGAAGCCUUUGCCAGAUCACUCACACUUAUGCUCAAUGAGAGGAGUUGAGAUCUCAAGAACAGUGAUAUGAAUGAUUUUCUGGACUAUUUUGUGAUUGUUCGCAAAAUAGUGGUUCCCUGUUUAUUUAGAGAUACUUUGCUCCUGCCGCUCUUUCAAAUUGUCCUUCCGAUUGGUCCUUUGAACCUACUAAAUUGUUGAGAGCUUGUAUCCAAACAAUCUGUUAUGAGUUCUGAAGCAACUGUUAAUCAUCACAACUGUUAAAUUUUUAAGGUAAACUCCCUUUAGUCGAGUUAACCUCUGCAAUUUCUCGAUUGCUUUGGAGCAGAGUUCGCCUGUCUCUGAAGGAAUUGUCGCUAACAUCAAUUUUUUGGGUUUAUGCUGAGAAUUUACUGCAAUGUUAUUAUUCCCUUUCGGUUAAAUUCUAUAAAUGCUUCGAUCACCCUGCGUCGAACUUGAAAAAUCCACUGUUGUGUUUUGUUGGAAUUGAAAACGCUCAAAUGAUUGGCGCAAAUUUCCCUGUGCUUUUGGUCUUUGGGUCGGAAUACUGUUGAGGGUGAUCAAAUGGAAACUGUGCCCGCGCUUGUCGCACAGACUACAUGAACGGCAAAACGACACCAAACUUGACUGAUGAAAAACACAUUGAAUUAAUUACCAAAAUUACACAGAGACGAUGUCAAUUUAAUUAAUUACUCGAUAUUACAAUAAUCAAUCACCAGCGCGCGCGAGAGAGCCCCAAUUUCCCGAAUUAUUACUUUCAUGAUAAUAUUCAAUCAGCGGGCCUGGAUUUGAUUGAUAUAUUGAGUGCCGGUCAAGUGCUGCAGGGUUGAUGGAAAGCCAUCCCCGAGCCUUGCCUGGUGCCAAAUUAUAAACACAACACACAUUAUUUAUUAUUUCAAUAAAUAUUAUACUACUAUAAUUAAA